GCAGACUAACAGUAGCCAUAUUUCGAAAAAUAUAGGUGUAAAAUUUUCCUUAUAAAAAAGUCGAAAUAUUAACGAAUCAGUUGGUUAUAGUACAUAAUAUUAGGCAUGGAUAGAGAUCAUCUAUGUCAGAGUCUCUUGACAUGGAUGCAUACAUUCAGUGUGGAGACAACAUUUAAGACAGCUGAGGAUGUCAUAGAUGGCGUUGUCAUGUCAGAAAUACUCAAUCAAAUUGCCCCUGAAUUCUUCAAUGAAGCAUGGAUGGCAAAAGUGAAGAAAGAAUCUGGAGGUAAUUGGCGAUUAAAAGUCAGCAAUCUAAAAAAGAUCUUAAAGGGCAUCUUAGAAUAUUAUCAAGAGGUCCUAGGUCAACAAAUAAGUGAUUUCCACAUGCCAGAUGUAAAUGCAAUAGGUGAGAAAUGUGACCACAGUGAGCUGGGAAGACUCAUCCAGUUGAUCCUGGGUUGUGCAGUGAACUGUGAUGAUAAACAGGAUUACAUUCAGAGGAUCAUGUCCAUGGAGGAAGAGGUCCAGCAUGUAGUCAUGAAUGCAAUUCAAGAGUUGAUGUCCAAGGAAAGUCCAGCAGGUUUUGGUGAAGGAUCUUCAGAAAUAGGGGACCAGCUUAAGAGAACCAUAGCUGAGUUGAACAGUGUCAUAUCACAGAAAGAAGAAACUGAACAGAGGUGUCAUGAGUUAGAUCUACAGGUUUCUGCUUUGGUUGAAGAAAAAACAAUGUUGUUUGAUGAAAAUGAAAGAUUACGAGAUAGUCAACAAAAUCAAAAUGACAGUUUAGAUGACCCAAGUACACCUGCUGGCCGGAGGUACCAUCAGUUACAAAUACAGGUUGAAAAUCAGCAAGAAGAACUCUUCAGAAUGGAAGCUGCGAGGGAUGAUUAUAGAAUAAAAGUGGAAUUACAAGAAAAAGAAAUCUUAGAUUUACAACAAAAGAAUGAUGAGUUGAACUCAUUAGCAGAGGAGGCUCGCGCUCUGAAGGAUGAAGUUGAUAUCCUCCGCCACACGGCAGAUAAAGUAGCAAAGUAUGAAUCUACAAUAGAAACAUAUAAAAAGCGGCUAGAAGAACUGAGUGACCUAAGGGGCCAAAUAAAGAUAAUGGAAGAGAAGAAUACAAACUACAUGCAAAAACAGCUGGAGCUAGAAGAGGAGCUAAGGAAGGGUGGUAAUGUGAAGAGUUCUCUUGAUCUCUACAAGCGCCAGGUGCAAGAGCUACAAAUGAAGGCUGGCGAUGAGACAAAGAGGGCUGACAAAGCAGUUUUUGAAGCAAAAAGAUUACAAGAAAAACUACAGUCCUUGCAAAGAGAUAAAGAGAGGCUAGCAGCUGAGCGUGAUUCUUUAAAGGAAACCAAUGAAGAGCUGACUCUCAAUCAGCUAAAUCAAGAGAACUUACUUCCUAGUCAUUCAUUGUCAGGUGAACUAGCAGCCAGUCCACUUGGAGAGUCAGCAGGGUCGUUAGAGUUGAUGAAUGUUCCACCAGAGAUAAGAGAGAAAAUUAUACGGCUGACACAUGAAAACAAAAUGCUGAAAUUAUCUCGAGAGGGAAGUGAUGAUGAAAAUGUUCAAAUGUUGAGGAACAUGUUAGAUGACACAGAGACGAGAAAGCAAGAGCUUGAAACGGAAAAUAGGAUCUGCAACCAGCGUAUAUUGGAAUUAGAAGCCACUGUUGAAGAUAUACAAGAGAGCCAGACAAGUCAAAGUGAUGACUCUGCUGAUCUCAGGAAAAAACUUAAUGAACAUAUCCAGAAAAAUAGAGACUUAGAUACUGAUUUACAACGAAAAAAGUCUCAUAUAGAAGAACUAGAACCUAGAAUCAGCUCAUAUAAUGAUAAAAUAAACACUUUGCAAGAUGCACUCAGUAAAAAGGAAGAUGAGAUGAAAGCAAUGGAGGAGAGGUAUAAGAAAUAUCUAGAGAAAGCCAAAAGUGUUAUCAAGGCUUUGGACUCUAAACAGAACCCAGGAAAUGCACCUGAGAUCCAGGCAUUAAAGAAUCAACUAGCUGAAAAAGAUAAACUCAUAGAACAUUUAGAGAAAGACCAUGACAAAGCAAAGGCAGUAAGAGAACAAGAGGAAAAAUUAGUUGUCACAGCAUGGUAUAAUUUGGGAAUGCAGCUUCAUAGGAAAGCAGCAGAAGAGAGGUUGACCAACAGUGGUGCAGGGCAGUCCUUCUUGGCCAGACAAAGACAAGCUCAUACACGCAGAACCCCCUCAGUUGCAAUGGGACACCCCACAGCAUCUAGGUGAUCCUCUGGUGUUUUAGUGCAGACAAAUUGGGUCUAUUUUAGAGACUCUAAUAUUUUAGCAUAAAUUAUAUAAUAUAUUACGCCAUACAAAAGUUUAAUAAUGAAACAAAAGCUCAUAGAUUUUAUAUCAGAACUGAAUAUCAUAAUUGUUCAGAAUAUAUCAAAUUUCAACAAAGAUCAAAUUGCAAUUAUAUGAGGAAAAUAUGUUAUUUAGAGGGCUUCAAAUAAGUAAAGUACAUGUAUACCAGUAUAAUGUAUUCUUAGUGUUCCUAUAUCAAUAUGCCAUGACAUUUCAUGAUGAAUGCAAGCUUAUAAGGAAGUUAAUAACAGUUAUUAGAGAGGUUUUGCACAACAUUUUCAGCUCAACGUAUCUUAAAUCCAUAACGCAUUCACCAGAUUUAUGCGUAGCAGGAUUUCAAUUAAGAUGGGAUGUGGUUGCAGAGAUAUGUUUUAGCUAUAACCCGUUGUGCAAAACCUCUCUAUUGUCAUUCUAGAAACUUAGCUAAUUGACUAGAUGCC